CUGCUGUAGCUCCCUCGCUCCUCUGCUAGCUCUUUAUGGCGCGUCCCACUCUUCUUUCGUGGCCCUGGCUAUCUUCAUGUGCAUUGCUGGUGAUCCCCAUGGCGAGAGAGACAUCGGGCUGGCUCAUCCGACCCACUCGUUCUUCAGGAAGACCACGGCCGUUGUUUACAUGCGGGCGGUGUCGGGGUGUUCAACUUGGUGCACCGCCGGCGCGUAGAUCAGCUCUCGCGCGAGUCCGACCACGGCGAAGCAUGGGGUACGUCGUCGCCCUCGACGCCACCAGCAACAGCGGUACCGGCGAAAGUGCCGCGGAAGGUGGCGGCGGCGGCGGCGGCGGGAAAGCAGCGGCACCAGCGCCGGUGCCGCAGCACCUCAAGCAACAGAAGGAAAAGCAGCAGCGGGUGAAGGCAGCGGAGGACAGCGACGUCCCCAUCUUGUACAUCAAGGGCCUCAAGGAAGGCGGCGGGGUGGGGCUUUGGGGAAGCGAAGACGACGACGAAGUCGACGACGACAACGACAACCCCUCUCCAGCGAGAGGGGGGGGCAACGCCGCGAUGAUGGCCCGCGCGCUGCGGAACGCGGAGCGAGAGAUCGAAGGCGGCGGAGACUACGAGGAGGGGGUCGAGGAGGAGGGGGAGGUGGGGGGCAACCAGGAAGCGGCUGUGAACCAGAUGCCGGUAUGGGAGAAGGUCCAGGCGGCGCUGGGCCUGGGCGUGUGGAGCUACGUGGGUCUCGGGCUGGCGGUGUUCAUCAUCGUCCUGAACAACGUCCUGGGGGUCGGGUGGGCGACGAAGAUUAUCAACCCGGAGUACGAGCCGGACAGCGUGCUCGAGGUGCAGCAGCAGGGACGCCAGAUCCAGUACAUGCCGUUGGAUGACGCCAGCAAUCUCCUCUCGGACUGAUGCAACCAUGGGUUGCGUUGCGUUGACCACCUCCUGCUGUAGGUCUUGACAUCGGCGGGCCGGUCAAAGAGACGAAACAUGCACAGGAGCACGGUAGAAGAAACGUGUUGUGUCCACACAAAAGCAGCGCGUGUAAAGGAAGAGGCGGUAUGUAACGUGCUUGAAAGGUGGAUGGCUGUGUCAAUGGUAGACGGCGGACUAGGCAGCGAGGGAACCGGCGGGGUGAAUGUUGGUUUGUUGGUGAGAACAGCGGCCGUCCCGAUCAGAAAUCAGUAGAGGUUCGCGGGGGCAGAAGGACAUCGCGAAACUAUCGAAACGCAUGCCCUGCCAACCCGCUAGUUUUCAGGUUGCAGCAGGCGGAUAAAAUAUUUUCGCAUCAUGCGCAGGUGGAUGAACAGCGUCUUGAGGCGAAAGUCUCUACGAAGAUCACCAGGGGGUAGAUGGUCUAUCGACCGCAUGAAGAUGCGGGUGUUGGAAGCACAG